UGCUACCAAAUUUUUGUCUCGGUACGUGACUACAUCACAUUCUAUCAUGAAAAUCGAUGGGAAGCGUAAUCUCAUGGCUUAUUUUUUUAACAUGAAGUUCUGUGAUGGCUUGUUGUUGGAGUGAGGUGACUGUCAUUAAGAGUAUUUAUUAGUGGCCACAGUGUUAUUUAAUAAAUGCAAAGUAAGUUUCCCGUAUGCAGAAACAAUUGCUAUGCUGUUUUCGAAUGUCUCCGUUUUAAUUAUUUUAUUUUGAUGGGUAUUGAUGUUUAUAAACACCGGUGAAGGAUGGGUGAGCAAAAUAUCGUAUCACCUCAGUGCUGGACAAAACUACUCUGCUUAGCACAAUCCGUAAACGAUGGAAGUGAUGGAGAACCAAGUCGAUUAAUGUCUAAGCAAGAUCAAAAAUUUGUUGAGAAUGCAUUGGCUGAAACGGUGCACUUAACAGAUCCCGUGAAACAUAUGACAGAGCACAUUGAGCAGCUGAAACUAAUUGGAAAAAAUAAGGAUGACGUUGAUAGCAUUGCGACAGUUGUAGAUAAUCUGGAAGAACUGGUUUGUGAUAUUGACUGCGCUGCUGACUUCUGCAGGUUGGGUGGCCUUGUUGAAGUAAUUAGACUUUUGAAAAGUGACUAUAAUUCAGUUCGAUGUGAGGCAGCUCGAUUAAUACCAUUACUAGCACAAAAUAAUCCAUAUGUUCAGAAUGUCAUAAUGGAAACCGAUUUAAUGCCUUAUUUGCUAACUGUUCUGGAAGAUAUUAAUGCAUCUGAGGGUUUAUUGAUAAAAGCUUUGAGCAGCUUGUCCUCAAUUGUUCGAGCGCAUGAGAAGGCAUUCAGUCAGUUCUAUCAACUGAAAGGUCUAGAAAGGGUCGAGGAUGUAUUCCAGAGGGCAGUAGAUGGGCAUCAUUUAAAGUUAGCCAACAAAGCAGUUCUAAUUACAACCAGCAUAGCAGUUAGUCUUGGACCUGAUGUGAAGCAGUAUAAUAUUCUGUCCUUUUUAUUUCGCAUGACGCUACAGCUAUCGUCAGAUAGCGUUGGAUGCUCGUAUUUUUUUGAUUAUCUUAUCAAUAAUAUUGUGGGUAAGGAGGUAGACAACAGUGAUCUCAAGAGUGAUGAGUUCAAGAUGAACUUUGUGGAACUUGACAAUCAUUCUAGACAACACUUUCGCCACUUCCUGAAAAGGCAAUUGGAAUAUGAGGAACGACACCGUCAUAAGGGUUGUUUAGGACGUCUUAAAAAAAUGGAUAUGGUACUGGAUGAAGAAAUGAGAAAUUUCAAAUUGGAAGAAGUUCCGGAAACAUCAAAUAACUCCGAAAACAUCAAGUGAAUUCUUUGCACUCGCUUUUUUGAAUUCUUGAUGAAUGCUAUUUCAGACAUCUUUGACUUUUGUUACAUGUUUUGUUAACACUUAAUAGUAAUCCAGUAAUUCCUCGAUUAAAAAAAUGUCAUCUUUUCUGUUUCAACCUGAGGCUUCCCUUUGUCAGACCUUUUCGGGCAUUUAACUCGCAAGUUUGUGCGUCCAAUAACUACUGAACAUGGAAAAUGAUCAGUUGUGGCUGUAUAAGAGGUCUAAUAAACUGAAUGUUUAAAUUAAGAGAUAUAACCUAUCUUUGCUUAUUCAC